CAGUGUAAAUAUUGUGAACACCGCUUUGUUUACAUUUUACGUCACGAAUCCGUGGAUACCUAAAUUGUGUGAAAAUGGCAGACGAGGUGGACGAAUAUGAACUGGAAAAAUUACGAGCCGAGAUUCAACAAGAAAGGCAGAUGAAGGAGAUGUUAGACCAGUCAGCAAGAGAACUACGCAUUACUGUUGAAGAAUUGGAGAAAAGAUAUGAAGCCAUAGAAAGUGAAGAUCCAGAUUUAACAGCAAGAGGCAAUGAGUGGAAGACAAGGUUUGAGACCCAGGAAGAGAUGAAUCAGCAGCUAGAGAGACAGAUUAUAAUGCUGCAAGAUAAAAUAGAAGAAGCCAAACGUAACCUGAAAGAUGCCGAUUUGGUACAACUGUAUCAGUCAAAGAAAAUUGAAGUUAGUAUAGAAGAAAAAGCAAAGAACUAUGUAGCAGGUAGGGCAAAUAGUCCCCCAGACACACGGACGGGUACUCCAAAAUCUAAGUCUACUGGAAUUACUAUAAAUAUAUCAGUUUCCCCGCAAGCAGGGAAGACUCCAAGAGACAUGAAAUCAUUUGAUGACCUUUCAGAUUAUAUUCAUCAUCUUAAGAGAAUUUUGGACAUAGAAGCUAAGGCAAAUCCGGCAAUGGUGAAAAACAUGGAAAAAGAGAAAAACUUGCUCUAUAACCAGUUACGGGACUUAGAAUGGAGAUUAGACCAAGAAUCCAAGGCUUACCACAAGGCCAAUGACGAACGAAAACAGUAUGUCGUAGAAAUAAACUCCACCAAAGGAAACAUUGAUGGAAAUAAAGCAAGACAACGAGCUGCAGUUAAUCUACAGCAAAGAGAAGUAGAAGAAAUGUCAAGAUCACCAAGGCUUCUAGGUUAUACUGAAAGAUUUAAACUGAGACAACACCAUCGAUCACCUGAUAAAGAACAGAAAGAUCAGAAACUUACUCCAAGACUGGCAAACCAUGUAGCAAGUCGAGUAUCUCAAACUUCGAGAAUUUCAAACGAUUAUAGCAAUAUACCAGAGGACCAAAGAAUAAUCGACCCAAAGAGGGGACCAAUAAAAAAGACAGCGGCAGUGAAAAACUUACCAAGUCUUGAAACAACUUGAUUAUUGGAGAAAUAGAUACGCAAAAUUUAUCAGAAAAACAUAAACACUCUAUACAUACGCUUUAGUCAGUAUAAAUCAAAUGUCAAUGACUGUUUUAAAGGUACAGGGACCUAUAUACAAAACUUAGUAAUUUACAAAUGCUAUUAGAUAGAUAAAGUAUCAAAGAGUUUUAUUCAUUUUGUAUAUAGAUAUAUUGCACUGUGAAAAAAAUGAACAUGGGAUUUUAUUGAAGAUUGUUAAAGUGUAUUUUUAAAAUAAAUUGUUUUCUCUUUUUGUACAUAGACCGUGUAUUUUUCAAUGAUAUUUAGGUAUUUUAAAUAUACAGGAUAUGUUUGUUUUUCAUGUUGCUGCAAUUUUAUUUUGUUUUGUUGAUAGGUGCUUUCCGGUGAUUACCAUUUUAUUAAAGAUGUACAUGUAAUGAAGUGCUUUUUGGCUUAUUAUCUAAAUCUUUUUCAGGUAAAUAUGCCGUAUAAGUAUAUCUUUACAAUCUAAUUUGAUAGAAUUAAGCACUACUGUCAUACUUUUAACAAUUCGUUUAUGAAAAAUACAGAAUCAAACAUUAGAUAUAUUUCUGUACUUAAAGUGAUUUUGAUUUGACUACAAAAGUACAAAAAUACUAGUCAAGGUUGAACCAAUUUUAGAUGUUUGUUUUAUUUUUUUAAAGAUUUUUUUUUAUCAUCAAAUGAAGUCUGUCACUUCAUGUUUAAAAUUUUGAUUUUUUAUAACGUGUAUGUAAUGUGUUUAAGGAAGCAUAUUGUACUUUAUGUCCAUUAAUAUUCUAAGCUUCAGACAAGUGUUUCUGCAACCGCUUUCCUCCUGAAAGGCAUAUUUUGCCUUAGAAAUGCUUUUAUUUUUAGCUCACCUGUCACAAAGUGACAGGGUGAGCUUUUGUUAUCGCUUUUCGUCCGGCGUCCGUCCAUCGUCCGUCCGUCGUCCGUCCGUCCGUAAACUUUUGCUUUAAAUGACAUCUCCUCAUAAACCACUGAGCCAAUUUCAUCCAAACUUCACAGGAAUGUUCCUUUGGUGGUCACCUUUAAAAAUUGUUCAAAGAAUUUAAUUCCAUGCAGAACUCUGGUUGCCAUGGCAACCGAAAGAAAAAACUUAAAAAAUCUUCUUUUAAACAACCCUAAGAGCUAGAGCUUAGAUAUUUGGCAUGUAACAUCUUCUAGUGAGUGUCGACCAAGUUUGUUCAAAUAAAAGCCCUGGGGUCAAAAUGGGCCCCGCCCCAGGGGGGUCAUUGAUUUUCCCUAUAUGCAUAUAGUAAAAACUUAAACAAUCUUCUUUUAAAGAACCCAAAGAGCUAGAGCUAAGAUAUUUGGCAUUAAACAUCUUCUAGUGAGUGUCUACCAAGUUUGUUCAAAUUAAAGCCCUUGGGUCAAAAUUGGCCCCGCCCUAGGGGGUCAUUGAUUUUCCCUAUAUGCAUAUAGUAAAAACUUAAAAAAAUCUUCUUUUAAAGAACCCAAAGAGCUAGAGCUAAGAUAUUUAGCAUGAAACAUUUUCUAAUGGGUGUCUACCAAAUUUGUUCAAAUAAAAGCCCUUGGGUCAAAAUUGGCCCCGCCCCAGGGGGUCAUUGAUUUUCCUUAUAUGUGUAUGGCAAAAACUUAAAACUCUUCUUUGAAAAAACCCAUAUAGCUAGAGUUUAGAUAUUAAGCAUGAAACAUCUUCUAAUCAGUGUCUACAAAGUUUGUUCAAAUAAAAGCCCAUGGGUCAAAAUUGGCCCCGCCCGGGGGUCAUUGAUUUUCCUUUUUUGUGUAUAGCAAAAACUUUAAAAUCUUCUUUGAAAAAACCCAUAUAGCUAGAGUUUAGAUAUAAAGCAUGAAACAUCUUUUAGUAAAUUUCUACAAAGUUUGUUCAAAUAAAAGCCCGGGGGUCAAAACUGGCCCUGCCCCAGGGGUGUCAUUGUUUUUAACUAUAUGUGUAUGGUAAAAACUUAAAAAAUCUUCUUUUAAAAAACCCAAUGAGCUAGAACUUAGAUGUUUAGCAUGAAACAUCUUCUUAUGGGUGUCUACCAAGUCUGUUCAAAUAAACAAAUAAAAGCCCUUGGGUAAGAAUUGGCCCGGGGGGGGGCUAUAUACAGGUGAGCGACCUCAGGGCCAUCAUGGCCCUCUUGUUAUAUUUCAAGAGAUCUUUCCUUUUGGUGUAUUCUUAUAGCAUCCGAAAAGUUACUCAUUGGCCUGCAAUUAUUCGAACCAUCAAUUACUUCUGUUGCUUUCUGGCAGUCAGUACAAUUAUAGUGAAUUAUGGUAUUUUGUAAGGAAGUCUAAAAUACCACUAUUUUACAUUUUACUACUUUUAUGACAACUCAUUAAACAUUUAUUGUUACUUUCUAUUGUACCAAGCACUUUACUUUCUCUUAAACAAUUAUUUCAACAUUAUUUAAUUCAUCUUGACCUUUUCUAAAGAAGUAAAAAAUUAUUUGUUUCUGAGGCCUAUUGUUACAGACCAUUUUGGCAUUGUUUUUUCCAGAUUUACUUUCAUACUUUCCGAUAAGUUUUUACUGCUUAUUAUAAUGGAAUUUAACAGCUUUUUCAAUAAACUUGUUGAAUUUUGUACAGUCUACCUAUUGUUGACACGUUUCCUGUUUAAUCAUACAUAUCAGUCAUUAACGUGAAAAUCGUUUAUUGUACAUAUCUAUAUACAUCCAUAAAUGGAUUUCUACUGCAAGGCAUCUAUGCUUGUUUAAAUUCGUCCAUUUUAAUGUAUAUAUAUCAAUUAACAAUUUUAUUGCAAUUUGUUAGUACUUGUGUGAUUUUACAUUAUUCUGUGAUUCAUAUUUUUAUAUAUAGUUUUUUCUUUUGAAUAUAUAUCUAUUAAAGUGUUAAGUAAAGAAUCAA